CAGCCAGUUAGUUGUUGAGUUGCCAUCGCGCUAAACGGUCGCUUUGCCAGUGUUACAAAUUCACGUUGCGCUCGAUACGCCGACUCCGACUCCGACGUGUGCUGGCGGUGAGGCCUCAACAAACAGACCAAUCAACUAAACAACCAACUUAUUUAGUUUUCUAAUAAAUCAACAAUAUUGAAAAGAAAAAUUUAUACGCUAAUCAGCACUGUGUGGCGUUUGAGUGUGUAUGCGCCGAAAAAAAGCUUAAAACGUUUGUGCACACAAAAGAAAUUACCUGAAAAUACAGAAUGAAAUUGCAGAGUUUAAUAAAAGUAAAUUGAACUAAAUUGCGUACAAAAGGAAGUGAUGAAUUAGUGAAAAAGUUGUUGCAAAUAUUUUACCUAAGCAACAGAAAGCAAGCUUUUGAUAUACAUACUUAUAUACAAAUAAUUACAUAAAUAGACAUAUGUCUGUACAGUUCUGAAGAAACGGUUUAUAAUAUAUUUUCCAGUAAUAGAUAUUUUCACAUUACAAUAUUGUUAUCAAAAUCGAAACACACGCGCAUAACUGUAUCGGUGUGUGAUAGAUAAAAUUGAUAGCACUGUACGAGCUUUUCGUCCUUGCAAGGAUAUGCUGGCGAAAGCUUUCCUGAAGCAAAAAGUUUAGCAGUGAAUGCCGAAUAACUUAAUACAUGCGCCAGUGAUACCCAAUACUUAUAUAAAUUUGUUUUGGCCAUUUCAUAAUCGUUGUGUAAUUACUGUAAUUACGUCUUAAGUGCAACUUUAAAGUAGUCAAAGCGAAACCAAAUAAUCGCAUACAACAUGGCAGCCGUGCAAACCAUCGAUCAAAUUAAGCUCGGCUUUAAGAUGGUCGACUUUAAAGUGCAACAGCGUCGCUUUCGCACCAACGAAAAAACUAUUGUCAGCACCAUAUAUGGACCCGUUAAGGGUGUUAAACGCAAGUCCAUCUAUGGCGAUUCGUAUUAUAGUUUCGAAAAGAUACCCUUCGCCAAGCCACCGGUAGGCGAGCUGCGCUACAAAGCACCACAGCCACCGGAACCUUGGAUAGAAGUGAGAAGCUGUACGUCGCGUGGUCCGAAGCCAUUACAAAAACAUUUUGUAUUCCAAAUGACAGAUGGCUCAGAAGAUUGUCUUUACCUAAAUGUUUAUACAAAGCAUAUAAAUCCGGAUAAACUUAGGCCGGUCAUGGUGUGGAUUUAUGGUGGAGGUUUUCAGUUUGGUGAAGCUUCACGUGAACUCUAUAGCCCGGAUUAUUUGUUGCGCGAAGAUGUCGUCAUUAUUUCAAUAACCUAUCGGCUAGGACCCUUCGGUUUUCUGUGCAUGGACGAUCCCGCAUUCGACGUACCUGGUAAUGCCGGACUAAAAGAUCAAGUGAUGGCGCUACGUUGGGUCAAAGCAAAUUGCGAACGUUUCGGUGGCGACAGCAAUAAUAUAACAAUUUUUGGUGAUAGCGCUGGCGGUGCAUCAGUACAUUACAUGAUGAUCACCGAUCAAACGCGAGGUCUCUUUCAUAAAGCGAUUUCUAUGUCUGGAAACACAUUAACUCCAUGGGCAGUUACGCCACAACAUAACUGGCCAUAUCGUCUGGCAGUGGCUGCUGGUUAUACUGGUGAAGAUAGUGAUCAGGAGGUUUUUGCUUUUCUCCACAAAGCGAGGGGUGCCGAUAUAGUUAAGGCUAAUGAAGACUUGUGUUCCGACGAAGAGAAACGCGAACGCAUUGGCUUUUCCUUUGGCCCAGUGAUCGAGCCCUAUGUGACAGACCAUUGCGUAGUGCCACGAAAGCCAAUUGAAAUGAUGCGCACCGCUUGGAGUAAUCAUAUACCAAUGAUUAUUGGUGGCGUGUCGAAUGAAGGGCUGUUGUUGUAUUCGGAAACGAAAUCUAACCCCAAACUACUUAAUGAACUCGGCGACUGUCGCUUUGUGGUACCACUCGAACUCGGCCUGGAUCGCGAAAGCGAGUUGUGCAAAGAGUACGGCAUGCAAUUGAAACAAGCGUAUUAUGGCGACAAAGAGCCCAGCUUAGAAACUUUACACGAGUAUCUAUUGAUGGUUUCACAUGAAUACUUCUGGUUCCCCAUCUACCGCACAGUAUUGUCGCGUAUGACACACGCCACCGCGCCCACCUAUUUGUAUCGUUUCGAUUUCGAUUCAAAGCAUUUCAAUCACCUGCGUAUACUCAGCUGUGGCAAGAAGGUACGUGGCACGUGUCACGGCGACGAUCUCUCCUAUUUAUUUUAUAACUCUGUUGCACGUAAGCUGAAAAAUCAUACACGUGAGUACAAAUGUAUCGAACGGCUUGUGGGUAUGUGGACACACUUUGCCGCGCACUCCGAUCCCAACUAUGAUCCAGAGCACACAGAUUUAUGGCAGCCUGUAACGAAAGCCUCUUUGGAGAAACGAAAAUUAAAGUGCCUUAAUAUAUCCGAUGAAUUGAAAGAGAUCGAUGUGCCAGAGUUGAAGAAGUUGUUGGUUUGGGAGAACUUCUACGGUCCGGAUCAGCUUAUAUGAAUACUGCGAACCACAAGAGCGUAUCUAUAGAUUCAACGAACUUCCAUACCAAGAGAGGCGAAUCAGCUUAUUAUAUAAUUGUUUUAACUUUUAAAUUUUUAAAGGAUUUUGCAUUGUCAAAUCAAAGGUAUGUACUGUUAGCAAAUAUUUAAAUUUCAAAGACGAAGCGUAAAAGGCAAUUUGGCUCGAGACAACUUUUUGCAGAGCUUAAGUAAAAUAAUAAACAUUUUGUAUUGGAAAUAUUUAAGCAAAUUGUAUAUAUUACAGUAAGUUGGGGCAUAAAAUGGUUAUCUAUUAAGAGCUUUAAGAAAGCUUUGAUAAAAUUGAAAAAAAAUGUAUUAGAAAUAAAAAAUCUGCGGAUUAAAAAAAUUGGUAGCACAAAUUCAAAGGUUUAAAAACAUGGAGGUCCUCAUAAAUGUAUAUGUUAAAGUUAAAGCAGUUUUUUAAACUACUGGAAGCAUUGCCGAAGCUUAGUAGUAAUAAAAAUUUUUAUCGUACAAACCAAUGAAAAAAUUUUAAAACUCUACGCUUCAAAUGUACCACCAAUUUUAACUGUAAUUAAUAAAAACUAAAAUCUGAUAUAAUCUAACUACAAUAUAUAUUUAAAAAUAAUUUAUAAAAAUAAGGAAGUCAUACAUAUUGCCUCAAAGAAAAUAUUCUAGUGUAUGUAAGUUUUUUUUUAAAUUUCCGAAAGUUAAAACACUUUAGCGAAAACUUCAGCGCUUUUUGCAUGAAUUACUAACGAGUUUGAUUUCAAGUUCGUUAAUCAAAAGUCACGGCAUAUAUGAAGCUUUCGCAAGCAAAAGGAUUUGAGAGAAAGUUUAAGAGCUUUCCGAACACAUAAAAGAAGCAGUAAAAGCAGCAACAUUUUCAAAAAUAGCUUCAUGCUCUUACAGCUGAAGUUAUAAGCGCGUACAAAUUUUACAUUAAACACAAAAGUUAAUAACCGCAAACAUAUUUCAAAAACACAAUUCAUAUUCUGGUAACGCCAAUGCAGCACACUUAUUUUUUAUAGUCUUCCAAAUAUGAAAGUCAAGAAGUUUCAAAGCUUUCGUCUAUGCUUUGAAAGCAUAGAAAUUUAUGAAAGCUGGAAAGCUUUCUAUAGACACAGCAGAGAGCUAGAAAAUGUUGUUUAGUUGUUUAAUAGUAAUAAUUUAUACAAAUGACACAUAGUUUGAGCUGAUUAACGCGAACAAAGUUCGCGCAUUAAUAAAAAUUAGUUAUUUUUUAAUAUUUGUGAAAUCUAGCUUUUGUAUUAUAUAUAAAAGGGGUUAAGUAAAGUUUCACAAAGAUACUAUUAAGAAGGAAUUUGAACGCUUUAAUUUGAUUGUGAUCUAAUUUUGUAUUGAAGAAAACUUAGAGAAAAAAGAUAGUGAAGAUAAAACAAAACAUGAGCUUGAAGGUCGCCAGAAAUAAAUAUAUGUACCUAUGAAUAUCAAGACAAAAGUACCUUUUUAUAAACAUGUGACACUAUAAUGAACAAAAUGUGAUUUUUAGAGCAAGUGAACUAACCUAAAAAAUAUGGCAACUCUGCAGCAACACAGUAAGUCGGACACAGAGAACUAGAAAAACAAAAAGAAAUUUGUGAACGCAACCAAUUUAAAGGUUUUACUACAAGUCAUCCAGACUAAAGCAUGUCUUCUAGCUUAAAUCUGCUUCUCCCAUAACUAAGCCUCAAGCCUGGGUUUCUAGUUAAUAGAAGGCUAAAACUUUUAUUUAGGAAAAGAUUGUGUCGCUUGCCGCGCCAAUUGAAUACAAGCAAACAUACAAAUUCCAUGUGCAAACAACUUCCUUCAUUAGAUAUGUAUGUUAAUAUAUAUUUAAAUUUAGUAAAUAAAAUUAACAAUUGUUACAAAUAUAAAAAUAUAAAAAUAUAAAAAUAUCGACACUUGAGUGUCAACGGUUUUGAAAUCAAAUCAUAUUAAGUGUGUAUUUUUUGAUAAGUACUCCAGAAGAAAUCUGUGUAGUUUUCUAUAUUUUGAAAUAUUUUUAUAAAGUUUAUUACUAUGAACAAGCAUACCACUAACUAAAAAGAUUGUGAUGCUAAUAUUUAUUGAAAAAUAUUUUGCUAUGAAUGUAAUACAUUAAAAUAUUAUAAAUGUUGGAAAGAGGAAAUAAAAAUAUAUAUUUGUCAGAAGAAAGAA